CACCGUGAUGGUUUUAACUGCUUUCUCUCAAGAAAAAUUGCAUACCUCGGUUGCUCCCCUCUGACCAGCACCAGAGAAGGUCACUGCUUUGUUGCUGCAGUAUGACGAGGUCUCUUCUAUGGACAUUGAACUCCCAGCAACCUAUGCCUGUUGCCUGUGAUGGAAGAACUUGAUGUUAAUGUGAGUUCGAGUGAGGGCUUCGGUGUAGCGGAGAAGAUCGUGCUGCUCACCUUCAUCUCCGCCGUUAUACUGAUGGCCAUCCUGGGGAACCUGCUGGUGAUGGUGGCUGUGUGCCGGGACAGGCAGCUCAGGAAAAUCAAGACCAAUUAUUUCAUUGUUUCCCUUGCCUUUGCGGACCUGCUGGUGUCAGUGCUGGUGAUGCCGUUUGGAGCCAUUGAGUUGGUUCAGGACAACUGGAUCUAUGGAGAGAUGUUCUGCCUGGUCCGAACGUCCCUCGAUGUCCUGCUCACCACGGCGUCAAUCCUGCACCUCUGCUGUAUCUCGCUGGACAGGUACUAUGCUAUCUGCUGCCAGCCUCUGGUUUACAGGAACAAGAUGACUCCAUUGCGCAUUGCUGUAAUGCUUGGAGGGUGCUGGGUAAUCCCAACGUUUAUUUCUUUCCUUCCUAUCAUGCAAGGCUGGAAUAGCAUUGGCAUCAUUGAUCUGAUUCAGCAAAGGCAGUUCAACAAGGCUUCCAACUCCACCUACUGCAUAUUCAUGGUCAACAAGCCAUACGCCAUUACCUGCUCCGUGGUGGCCUUCUACUUUCCCUUCCUCCUGAUGGUGCUGGCCUACUACCGCAUCUACGUCACGGCCAGGGAGCACGCCCGCCAGAUCCAGGUGCUGCAGCGCGCGGGGGCCUCCACCGACGGCCGGCAGCACCACCCGGACCAGCACAGCACGCACCGCAUGAAGACUGAGACCAAAGCUGCCAAGACCCUGUGCAUCAUCAUGGGGUGCUUCUGCCUGUGCUGGGCCCCCUUCUUUGUCACAAACAUAGUGGACCCUUUCAUAAACUACACGGUGCCAGGGAAACUGUGGACGGCUUUCCUGUGGCUGGGCUACAUCAAUUCAGGGUUGAACCCUUUCCUCUACGCCUUCCUGAACAAGUCCUUCAGACGUGCCUUCCUCAUCAUCCUGUGCUGUGGUGAUGAGCGAUACCGAAGGCCUUCCAUCUUGGGGCAGACGGUUCCCUGUUCCACCACCACAAUAAAUGGAUCGACUCAUGUACUAAGGGUAAACAGCUGGAAGUGCUGAGCUCACUGCCAGAGGCUGCAGACAGACACUUUGUGCCACAGGAGAUCCUGGGACAUCUUAAUGACUUCUCGUUAGCUUAAUGCACCUUUGUAACAAACGGCACCACCUGCUAAAUUGCUGAUGUUGCACAACUGUUUUCUGACUACUGCAGAAGAAGAAGAAGAAAGGUACACUGUUUUACGUAAUGGACAUCAUCAGGAACACGAGAAGCUUCCCAUCCACAAUGACCCUGAAUCACAGGAAUCCUGUUUCUAAUCACAGUCCUUGAAGAGGAAUAGACUAGCUGAAGGAACAGAUUCCUUUUAGGAUACCCAAAGAAUUCAUGGACCGCAGGAUUUUAUGAAAACUCAUUCAUCUACAUUGUCAUGGUGCCUCUUGUACUAACUUCAUAUGAAUGUCCACCUGCACCUGUGCAGAUCGAUGGGGGCACGGAAUGGUACACAAGCAGAACAGCUGGGGAGACUUUCCUGUAUCUGCAAGGACAGCUGGACUAUAUGGCUGUGUCAGAACUUUACUCCAGGACUGAGCUGAUUUCUGUCGAUGUAAGGAAAUGACACAGAUACAAACUACCCAACGUGGGGACUUCGGUUAUUCCUUUCCAGCUGCCUUCUGUGUACAAGCCACCUCUCUGUCCUGUGGUAUCAUGAUCUUAAAGAUUACAAGUUCUGGCUAAAGCCCUAACGUGAUGUGAGACUAAAUGCCUGCCUGCAAGAUCCUGCCCACCAGUGAGCAGAUGCUGUCAGGAGAGAAACAGCACUACGUUUUCUUUAGCAAAGUAAGAGGCCAUGUUUGCCUUUUGAUUGUAGUUACUGGUGAAAGGUCAGCAUGAGCUGCUGAUUCACCUUCCCCUGCAGAGCUUUCUUUGUAAAUGCUUCUAUUGUGUUUCCUGGCCAAGUUCAUUGGUAGAAAACUCAUAGAGCGUAUAUAGUGCUGACAAGCUGGAGUGGAACCUACAGAGACAUUCCACACCUAACAGACACCCCUGCAAGCACUGCUUCAAUCCAGCCCAGUUGCUAAAAGGCAGUGGCCAUCCUCUGCUAUUUGGAGGCCAGGGGAUGGGAUGUGGCCCUCAAACCCCAGGCAAGCUGCCAGUGCUGUCCUCAUCUAAGCAAACUUUGGGCAUUCUUAUCAAGAAGAAGGGUUGGCCAAGAGACAGUCAGUCUGUAAUAGAUCACUAAGUGCCAUCUUGAAAAAUAUACCAUCUAAAAAACUUUUCUAGCUACAUUAGGAAGACAGAGCUCUACUUACAUUUUCCAU